GCCGAGCCCGCGGCCAUGGAGAAGGCGCGGCCGCUGUGGGCCAACCCGCUGCAGUUCGUCUUUGCCUGCAUCUCGUACGCCGUGGGCCUGGGCAACGUGUGGCGCUUCCCCUACCUGUGCCAGAUGUACGGCGGAGGUAGUUUCCUGGUGCCCUACAUCAUCAUGCUUGUUGUAGAGGGCAUGCCCCUCCUGUACCUGGAGCUGGCAGUGGGCCAGCGCAUGCGGCAGGGCAGCAUCGGUGCCUGGAGGACCAUCAGCCCCUACCUUGGUGGUGUUGGCCUCGCCAGCGUGGUGGUGUCCUUCUUUCUCUCCACGUACUACAAUAUCAUCAACGCCUGGGCCUUCUGGUACCUCUUCCACUCCUUCCAGGACCCCCUGCCGUGGUCCGUGUGCCCGCUGAACCGCAACCGCACAGGCUACGACGAGGAGUGUGAGAAGGCGUCCUCGACGCAGUACUUCUGGUACCGGAAGACCCUCAACAUCUCGCCGUCCAUCCAGGACAGCGGGGGCGUGCAGUGGGAGCAGGCGCUCUGCCUCCUCCUGGCCUGGCUCGUGGUGUACCUCUGCAUCCUGCGGGGCACCGAGUCCACCGGCAAGGUGGUGUAUUUUACCGCGCUGCUGCCCUACUGUGUGCUCAUCAUCUACCUCGUCAGGGGCCUCACGCUCCACGGAGCCACCAACGGCCUGGCGUACAUGUUCACACCCAAGUUGGAGCAGCUGGCCAACCCCAAGGCCUGGAUCAACGCGGCCACGCAGAUCUUCUUCUCCCUCGGCCUGGGCUUCGGCAGCCUGAUCGCCUUUGCCAGCUACAACCAGCCCUCCACCAACUGCCAGAAGCACGCCAUCAUCGUGUCCCUCAUCAACAGCUCGACCUCCAUCUUUGCCAGCGUCGUGACCUUCUCCAUCUACGGCUUCAAGGCCACCUUCAACUACGAGAGCUGCUUGAACCAGGUGAUUCUGCUGCUGACCAACUCCUUUGACCUUGAAGAUGGCUUUCUGACAGCCAGCAACCUGGAGCAGGUGAAGGGCUACCUAGCCUCGGCCUUCCCCGGCAAAUACAGCGAGGUGCUCCCACAAAUUAGGAACUGCAGCUUGGAAUCAGAGCUGGCCACGGCGGUCCAGGGCACUGGCCUGUCCUUCAUCGUCUACACCGAGGCCAUUAAGAACAUGGCGGCAUCCCAGCUGUGGUCGGUCCUCUAUUUCUUCAUGUUGUUGAUGCUGGGCAUCGGGAGCAUGCUGGGGAACACGGCGGCCAUCCUCACGCCCCUCACCGACAGCAAGGUCAUCUCCAGCCACCUGCCCAAGGAGGCCAUCUCCGGUCUGGUGUGCCUCGUCAACUGCGUCAUCGGCUUGGUGUUCACCAUGGAGGCCGGCAACUACUGGUUCGACAUAUUCAACGACUACGCUGCCACGCUGCCCCUGCUGCUCAUAGUCCUGGUGGAGAUCGUCGCCGUGUGUUACGUGUUCGGGCUGAGGCGAUUUGAAAGUGACCUCAAGGCCAUGACUGGCCGCACCCUGAACUGGUACUGGAAGGCCAUGUGGGCCGGCGUGAGCCCGCUCCUCAUCAUCAGCCUCUUUGUCUUCUACCUGAGUGACUACAUCCUCACGGGGACGCUGCAAUACCAAGCCUGGGACGCUUCCCAGGGUCAGCUUGUGACCAAGGAUUACCCCCUCUACGCACUGGCCAUCAUCGGCCUGCUCGUGGCCUCUUCCACCAUGUGUAUCCCCCUGGUGGCCCUGGGGACCUUCAUCGUGCGCUGCCUCAAGAGGGGAGACACGCCUCCCGUGGCCUGAGGACUGGGCU